AGAUGCCUGCACCUGGGCAAGCUUUGAGUGAAGGUUACAGUGAGCUUUGGUGGCUCAGGAAGCCUGGAGGAAGCACCGAUUUCUGUGAGGAGAACGUAAGACUUAAGAUGGAAAAUCAUGAACCAGUUGAUGCUGUCAAGGAAAAACAAAUUGAUAUCAUAACCAGAAAAAUCAAUCAACUUCCAGGAGCAGAAAUGAAUCUACUUGAACAUGGAUCAACAUAUAUUGGACUUAAUGAUGCUCUCUGUGGCCUAAUAGCAAACAAUCUUUAUUGGUGUGUCCUAAAUGUGACACAGGCUCAUAUAGCUGCUGGUUUACCAAUGGCAGUAAUCCCAUUUUUGACAGCAGAAGUAUUUCAUAAGGGUUUCAUAAGUUUACCAUUAAAUACAGGUGAUUUGAAUUGUGAAACCUGCACCAUAACACAAGGUGGAUUGGUGGGACUUGUUUUUGAUGGUCUGUACUCUGUUUUCUUGGCUAUACCUGUCAAUGGACUGGUUGCCAGGUAUGCAUCAGCUCUACCAGGGAAAGGAAACAUCUUAACCCACUGGAUCAGAAUUUCUAAGCCUAUCUUUAGAAGAAUGUUAUUUCCUAUUUGGCUCCUUGCUGGAUUUGCAGCAUACCUUGGUUCUAGACAAUAUAAACUACUUAUAAAGGCUCUUCAGUUACCUGAGCCUGGCCUAGAAAUUCAGUGAUUGUUAAGCAAAUGUAUACACAAAAAUAAAACUGUAAAAAUAACCUGUCUACUAAA